AUGAACGUUACGCGUCUAUCUACAAACUGGUUAGUCCGUGGUCUAUACAAAACCAUCAAGGAUGGCUGUGUUUUCGUAAUUCAUGCAAUUUUCUUCGAAUUAUUUCGGAGAUUCUGAAAAAUUCGUAAUUGUUAUCACGGUUACGUGAUAUAUUUUAAUAAUACACUAAACAUUUCAAUAUAAAGCAGCAAUAAUGUCUAACAAAAAGACUGACAAACAAAAAGAGAAUUUAUACGCCACAGUCUUCUUAAGUGGUAUAGCUGGCGUCUCUGCACUGAUUGGCUUUUCGAGUGCAUUAGCAUCAGCCAAGAAGCAAGACAUGAAAGCUUUUGAUAUGGGAGUUAUGGGAGGAAAGGCUUUACCAGAAUCAGGAACGGCCCUUGCCAUGAGAGCUCUUUUCUGGGGCUCUGUAUGGGCAAUCGGGGGCUGUGGACUAAUCUUUUAUGGUAUUUGGAAGCUGAGUGGAGCUACCAAUGCGCAAGAAUUUCGGGUAAAAAUGGGAUCCAUUUUGCCACGCAUACCAAAGAACAAUCCCCCACAAAGUAGAACGGAAUUUGAGAAUCUUACCGAUUUACUUAGAUAUGUUUCCGAAGAGUGGGGCAAAGAAGAGUGAUCUUACAUGUAAAAUAGAAUAAAAAAACAGAAGGAAUAGUUACCGUGAAGAAUUUCUUUUCAUUUAUGAAGGCAUUUAGAUAAAACUGCAAGGAAGACAGUUUCAAAGUCUGCACACUAUGCUUUUAGCGUAUUACAUUUCUAUUAAUGUUUUUGAUAACAAAAAUAUUUGUUAUAGCGCGUUCUGUAAAGAUUGUAAUGCAGUGCCUCGUUCUGCAUUCUUGUAUAUAGGAUGUUCAUACUAUUCUUAGUCAACAAGAGACAUUGGAUUAAUAACGGCUAAGUUCACUGUACAUACAAUGUUGUACAUAUUGUACAGAGUAAUAAUUAUGAUGUUGAAUAUUAUUUUGUAAUUCGAAAGAAUAAAAGAAACUAUCUCUCUUAUAGUCACCGAAGUAGGAGAACCUGUAUUUUUCU